AUGGACCCCUCUCUGGAGCAAGAGGAGCUGCUGCCCCUGAUGCUCAAGGCUGCCUCCAAAGGGAGCUUCAGCAGCUGGAUGGUGCUGGCAGAGGGGCUCUCCCGGGGAGAUGAUGCAGACCCACAGGCCUGCCUGGCUUCUGCUCCCCACUCAUACCUUCUGCACCCUGUUAAUUAUUACAAUUAAUUGUUGCAAGGGAAACAAGGCCAACAUGCACCAAAGUCCAGUGUGAGUGAGAAAAUCAGCAGUUUGCUCACAGCCAUGAGCCAGCAAACCACAGCUACCACGGAGCUGCCUGGGCUGCCAGGGGACACGGCAGCAGCCCUUGGAGUGGCAGACAUCGUCGUGGUGGUUCUGUACUUUGUCUUUAUCCUCGCUGUCGGGAUAUGGUCAUCAGUACGAGCGAGCCGGGGGACUGUUGGAGGCUAUUUUCUGGCUGGACGAUCCAUGACCUGGGUGCCUAUUGGAGCAUCCCUGAUGUCGACUGAUGUGGGCAGUGGUUCCUUCAUAGGCCUGGCAGGCAAUGCAGCAGCUGGGGGCCUUGCUGUCGGGGGCUUUGAGUGGAAUGCCAUCUGGCCACUGCUGGCUCUGGGCUGGAUCUUCGUGCCUGUUUACAUCACAGCAGGAGUUGUCACCAUGCCUGAGUACCUGCAGAAGAGGUUUGGCGGGGAGAGGAUCCAAAUCUACAUGUCCGUGCUGUCCCUGAUUAUCUACAUAUUCUCCAAGAUAUCUGUAGAUAUUUUUGCUGGAGCAUUGUUCAUCCAAACCUCUUUGGGAUGGAACAUCUACUUGUCCACCGUGCUCUUGCUAGCAGUGACUGCUGUCUACACCAUAAUUGGGGGGUUGACUGCUGUGAUUUACACAGACCUGCUGCAGACUGUGAUCAUGGUGCUGGGAGCUUUCUUCCUCAUGUUCAUAGGGUUUAAAAAAGUUGGCUGGUAUGAAGGACUGCAGGAGAAAUACUUCACAGCAAUACCACAGAUAACGGUUCCAAACACAAACUGUCACCUCCCACGUGAAGAUGCCUUUCAUUUGUUCAGGGAUCCCAUCACAGGAGACCUUCCCUGGCCUGCCCUUAUGUUUGGUCUCACUGUGGUGGCUCUUUGGUUCUGGUGCACUGACCAGGUGACGGUCCAGAGGUCUCUCUCUGCCAAGAACCUCUCCCAUGCCAAAGGUGGAUCACUGCUGGCAGGAUAUCUGAAAAUCCUUCCUGUGUUUUUCAUUGUCAUGCCAGGAAUGAUCAGCAGAAUUCUUUACCCAGAUGAAGUGGCCUGCGUGGACCCAGAAGUCUGCAAAAAGGUCUGUGGAACUGCUGUGGGUUGUUCCAACAUUGCCUACCCGAAGCUGGUGAUGGAACUCAUGCCUGAUGGGCUCCGGGGUUUGAUGAUUGCAGUGAUGAUGGCAGCCCUGAUGAGUUCCCUCACCUCCGUUUUCAACAGCAGCAGCACCCUCUUCGUUAUUGACAUCUGGCAGCGCAUCCGCAGGAAGGCCUCCGAGCAGGAGCUGAUGAUUGUGGGCAGAGUCUUCACCCUCAUCCUUGUGGUCAUCAGCAUUCUCUGGAUCCCAAUCAUUCAGUCAGCCAACAAUGGAAAGCUCUUUGACUACAUUCAGUCCAUAGUCAGCUAUCUGUCCCCACCAAUCGCAGCCCUCUUCCUCUUGGCAAUCUUCUGGAAGAGGAUUAAUGAGCCUGGUGCUUUCUGGGGCCUCAUUGUUGGCCUUGCCGUUGGUCUGGUUCGGAUGAUCAUGGAGUUUAUUUACACCGCCCCGUCUUGUGGGGAGGAGGACAAGAGACCAGCUGUGCUAAAGAACGUGCACUACCUCUACUUUGCCCUCAUCCUCUCUGCCCUCACCACCAUUGUCAGUGUCGUCAUCAGCCUCUGCACCCCACCGAUCCCUGAAGAAAAGCUGGACAGCCUCACGUGGUGGACCAGGCACAGAAAACCACCUGCCAUAAACCUGAAAAAUGAUGGGAGUGAAGCAGCAGAGACCUCAGAACACAGAGAGAAGGAGCUGGUGGAAACUGCAGCUCCAGGCGAUGAGGAGGAGCCAGCAGCCAAACGUCCCUGCUGGAAGGUGGCGUGUAUGUGGCUGUGUGGUGUGUCCUCCGGCCCCACGCCCGCCCUGACCCCGGAGGAGAAAGCUGUCCUGGAGCAGAGACUCACCAGCAUCGAGGAAAAGCCCCUGUGGAGGACUGUGUGUGAUAUUAAUGCCAUUCUCCUGCUGGCCGUCACUGUCUUCCUGUGGUCAUAUUUUGGCUGAGCUGGCUCAGGCAUGGCUUUGGUUGCUCUCGCCGUCCUGUCUCAGCUGGGAGCAUCAGGCAGCACAGCCCUUCCCUGCAGGCAGCGCUUGCUGGGAAUGACUGUGGGGCUCAGUUUCUCCCUGGGGGGUACCAGAACUCGGCACUGGUCACAUCUGGGAUGCAGGGGAUGUGUGAGAUAGCAUGUGGGGCAAGUCAGCAGCUUUGGGGUCAAGUUUAAGGGUGCAGAGCUGAGCCCAGCAAGGAGCAAAGGCUUUGGAAAGCCCAGCCGUGGCGUGGCUGGAGCCUAUCUGAGGGCUGACUUUGCUCUGCUGUGCUUAGGGGAAGGAGUUCUGGUUUACAGUGCUGUGGGGAAGGAGACUUAAACACUAGCUGUGUUUUUUUAUAUGGCCAAAUUUCAGAUAGGAUCAGUUGGGGAGCACUGGAUUAACUCAGCAUGACAGCCCCGGCUCCCACAGCCUCCCCACAACCUGUGGGGGACCCCUCCCACCCCACCCCUGGCUGGCAUCAGCAGUGGGUACAGGGGCUUCUUUCUGCUCCCUGAGCCCCCCAUCCUGCCUCCUCUGGGCUUACACCAGCCUGUGCCUGUCUGCUCACGGGGCUGAUGCUGCCCCUUAACAGCAUUUCCAGCAAUAAAGGUGCCUGAGUAACCAAGCCAGUCCUGACUGUGAGUUAUUGUGGUGAUCUGUCCUGCUCUGACAC